GCCCCCUUUGGUCGCCGAGAUGGUCGGCGAUUGGAGUCAUUUUUAGAGAGUUUUUACCAUUUCUACAGAAUAUUUGUUACAGUUCAAGACAAGAUGAAGAAGAUAUCAUUUGGAAAAAUAUCUUUUGCUUCUGCUGGCACCUCCAAAAAAGACUCAAAUACAGCUGACCAAAAAAGCAAUAACUCAGAAGAUGCUGAAGCACCUCAAGGGUUUGGAUCCUUUGGUAAAAAGGAUGUAGCUGAUGAUAAAGUGAAAGGGGAUGAGCAGAGUAUGGAUGAAGAAAGCAAUGAAAUGGCAAAGGUCAUGGGUUUUGGCAGCUUUGGUGGUAAAAAAGCAAAACAGUUUGAUAUCAACACUGUCUUGAAGGAUACCCUGGAAACAGCAGUUCAGCGUAAUAAAGACAACAUUGAAAAGAUGACAGAAAUGUCAUCAAGUGAAGACCAGUCAGGCACAGCAGAAGAAGCUUCAGGCAGCAAGCAAGAUGAUGCAGAAGAAUCUGAUGAUGAAGAGCUUAUUGGUCCUCCGCUGCCGCCCGCCACCGCGGAGAAGACUGCCGAUGACGCCGCCGAUGACGACGAGGACGCGGACAGUGACGUCAGCGACGAUGACGAGGAUGAUGACGACCCUCGCGGCUGGAUACCGGUGUCCACCGACAUGUCGCUGGAGCACGGCUCGAAGCCGGUGACGGCGCUCACUGCCGACCCCGCCGGAUCGCGAGUGGUCACCGGCGCACUCGACUAUGUCGUCAAGUACUGGGACUUCAAUGGAAUGGACCUGUCGCGCCGCAGCUUCCGCGAUAUGAGACCGUUCGAGAGCAACCCGAUCACAUCCGCUCAGUACUCGAGUACCGGCGACAGAGUACUGGCCACCUCCGGCAGCGCAAAGGUCAAGGUGUUUGACCGCGACGGCGUCGAGCUGUGCGAGACGCUACGCGGGGACAUGUACCUGGUGGACAUGAAGCGCACCAAGGGCCACGUGGCGGGUGUCAGCGGCGCCGCCUGGCACCCCAAGAUCAAAGAGGAGUUCCUCACGUGCGCCAGCGACGGCACGUGCCGCAUCUGGCACGUGGAUGACGCGGCCAAGUCGCAGCGGCACGUGGUGAAGCCCCGUGCCAUGGGCGGCCUGAAGACGCACCCGAGCGCGUGCACGUACAGUCGCGAUGGUCACCUGGUGGCAGCCGCCUGUACGGACGGAUCGCUGCAGAUGUGGGACCACAGGAAGGCUUACGUGAGCACCACUAUGCUGGUCCGGGACGGCCACCAGCGCGGCACCGAGACAUCCAGCAUCGUCUUCUCCUACGACAACGUCAGCGUGGCCACCCGCGGCGGCGACGAGACGCUGAAGCUGUGGGACGUCCGUCAGUUCCGCAAACCCGUCCACACUGCCGCAGGACUGUUCAACAAGUUCCCCAUGACCGACUGUUUGUUCAGUCCGAACGACCAGCUGGUGGUGACGGGCACCUCCCUGGAGCGCGGGGAGACCCUCGGGCAGCUGCACUUCUUCCUGAGGAGCACCUUCGAGAAGGUCGCCCAGCUGCCGGUCGCGGAGGGCCACGUGAUCCGCGCGGUGUGGCACCCGCGGAUCAACCAGCUGCUGCUGGGCUGCGGCAGCGGUGUGUGUAAGGUGCUCUACGACCCGGACAAGUCGCACCGGGGCGCCCUGCUCUGUGCAGGCAAGAAGAAGAGCAAAUCCAAACAGAUGGACGUGGUGAUGAACACCCAGGUGAUCACGCCGCACGCGCUGCCCAUGUUCCGCGAGCCGAGGGCGCGAUCCACACACAAACAGGCCGAGAAGGCGCGACAGGACCCCAAGAAGUCGCGCCGGCCCGAUCUGCCGCAGGGAAAGUCAGGCACGGGCGGUCGGGUGGCCGUUGGCGGCUCCACGAUGGCCUCCUAUAUUAUGCGUACGCUCGGAGUGGAGGCCAAGAAACGGGAGGAGGGCGACCCGCGCGAGGCGCUGCUGAAACACGCCAAGGAGGCGGCCGAGAACCCCUACUGGGUGACCCCUGCGUACGCCAAGACGCAGCCAAAGCAGAUUUUUCAACCCGUGGAAAACUCGGACGAGCCAGAUUCCAAGAAAAGAAAGACGUGAGCUCCAGUCCGCAUCACUGCUUUCAUGUUGUUUUCAUUCACAUCACAUCUACGUCACGCGUUUGUGUGUGACAGAGGUCCGUCAGUGUUGUAUGAUGGAUAUGCGCCAUGUGAUCAUUUCAUCUGCCUUUGUAUGUUAUUUGGUGGGUGGCUUCUCUUGUAAGAGUGCGCCCCCGUACCAGCAAUGGGUGCUGUUAUUGUGACAAAAUGCGCCAAUAAACGGCGUUGGAUAUGACCGA